GGAAGAAGUAUGUGGUUUUGUUUUCAGGAACGGACGGAGGCGUACUUCAACGGGAGCAGCACUUGAAUUAUCCACCCUCACCGACUCCAUUGUUUCCAUCUGCGCCUGUCUCUCGAAUCUCAUCUCUAAAUGUGGCGCUACUCAAUCAACGUCUUCAUUCGAUGUCUCUCACAUAGCUUGCGGGUUGAAAAUAUCGCUCGUUUCUGAUACACAAUCGUCAAUCAGCCGCUUUAUGGCAUUGAAUACCAUAAGCUAUCUCAGUCUUCUGUUCUAUCUGCAAUAUCUAUUCCGGUUAAGGCGGACGGGAGGGGCAUAUGAUGAACUAGGUCAUGGCUGAAAAGAAGAUAAUUGCAAUAUGUCAGUCUGGAGGUGAAUUUGAGACUGAGAAAGAUGGUUCUUUGUCAUAUAGAGGUGGUGACGCUCAUGCUAUUGACGUUGAUGAUCAAACGAAAUUUAGUGAGUUUAAGGAAGAAGUAGCGGAAAUGUUUAAUUUUAGUGCCAAUAGCAUGUCUAUCAAAUAUUUUCUUCCAGGGAACAAUAAGACUCUCAUUACAAUCUCUAACGACAAGGAUCUAAACCGGAUGGUUAAAUUUCAUGGAGAAUCAAGUUCUGUUGAGAUUUAUAUCUUCAUUGAGGAUGCAAUUUCCCCUGACAUAUCAAACAUGCCUGCCAGUAGGUCGAGCAGAACAACCUUGUCGGAAACAGUGGUUCCGAUUGAUGCCCCUCUUGAUGCUGUGGGUGGUGUCAUGGAUGACACUACUCAGACGGUGAUUCCACAUGAUGGAGCUCUUGAAGUUGUUGAUGAUGCCAAUCAAGUGGCCCAGAAUUUGGCAAAUGUUAUCUCAAAUGAUGAUAAGCACGCCAAAGGAGCACAGCAAUGGCAGAAUGCUAUCACGGGUGUAGGUCAAAGGUUCAGUAGUGUUCAUGAAUUCCGUGAAUCAUUACGUAAAUAUGCUAUUGCCCAUCAAUUUGCUUUUAGGUAUAAGAAAAAUGAUAGUCAUCGGGUGACUGUUAGAUGCAAAGCAGAAGGUUGUCCUUGGAGAAUUCAUGCAUCAAGGUUGUCAACUACUCAAUUGAUAUGCAUCAAGAAAAUGAAUCCAGCUCAUAUUUGUGAAGGUGCUGUUGCAACAACGGGGCAUCAAGCGACCAGAAGUUGGGUGGCCAGUAUUAUAAAGGAGAAGUUAAAAGUUUGUCCAAAUUAUAAGCCGAAGGAUAUUGUCAGUGAUAUCAAACAGGAAUAUGGAAUACAACUUAACUACUUUCAGGCAUGGCGUGGAAAAGAGAUUGCAAAGGAGCAGCUCCAGGGUUCCUAUAAAGAGGCAUAUAGUCUGUUACCUUUUUUCUGCGAGAAGAUAAUGGAGGCCAAUCCUGGAAGUUUGGCUAUUUGCACCACAAAAGAAGACUCAAGCUUCCAUCGUCUGUUUGUAUCAUUUCAUGCUUCAUUGUAUGGCUUCCAACAAGGUUGCCGGCCACUGAUCUUCCUUGACAGCAUUUCUUUAAAGUCAAAAUACCAAGGAACAUUAUUGGUUGGAACUGCUGCAGAUGCAGAUGAUGAUGUAUUUCCUCUUGCUUUUGCUAUUGUUGAUGCAGAAUCUGAUGAUAACUGGCAUUGGUUCUUGGUUCAACUCAAAUCCGUGCUAUCAACAUCCUGUCCCAUAACAUUUGUGGCAGAUAGAGAGAAAGGGUUGAAAAAUUCAAUUGCUGAGGUUUUUUCUGGUUCAUUUCAUGGCUAUUGCCUACGGUAUUUGACUGAGCAACUCUUUAGAGAUUUGAAAGGGCAAUUUUCUCAUGAGGUCAAGAGACUCAUGAUAGAGGAUUUGUACACUGCUGCUUGUGCAUCCAAACCAGAGGGCUUCCAAAGCUGUAUUGAGAGCAUCAAAAGUAUUUCAAUAGAAGCUUAUAAUUGGAUUAUACAGAGUGAACCUCAACAUUGGGCGAAUUCAUAUUUUCAGGGUGCCAGGUAUAAUCACAUGACAUCAAACUUUGGGGAGCUGUUUUAUAGCUGGGCAUCAAAUGCAGAUGAUUUGCCAAUAACACAUAUGGUUGAAGUGAUAAGGGGUAAGAUUAUGGAGUUGUUUGUUACAAGAGGGGCAGCCUCUGACCAGUGGUUGACUAGGUUAACUCCUUCCAAGGAGGAAAAGCUCGAAAAUGAAAGUAGGCAAGCUCAUUCACUUCAAGUUCUGUUGUCAGCUGGUAGCACAUGCGAGGUUCGUGGUGGCUCUGUUGAGGUGGUUGAUAUUGAUCGGUGGGACUGUAGUUGCAAAGGCUGGCAGCUAACUGGUAUUCCAUGCUGCCAUGCUGUUGCUGUCAUCAUUGGCGUUGGCCGGAGUGUUUAUGAUUAUUGCUCCAGAUACUUCACGACUGAAAGCUACAGAUUGACUUAUUCAGAGUCUUUACAUCCUCUUCCGAGCGUGGAUUUUCCGGCCCUAAGUGGUUCUGAACUUAUGGUAACUGUAACACCUCCUCCCACCCGACGACCACCUGGUCGACCUACAAAAAAGCGAUAUGGAUCACAAGGCAUAGUCAAGCGUCAGCUCCAGUGCAGCCGAUGCAGGGGACUUGGGCACAACAAGUCCACUUGUAAGGAGCCAUUGUAGAGUACUAGACAGAAAUUCCAGUGGGGAAUGGGGGAACUGGCAUCUGUACAAAACACCGAGCGGCUUUAUCAUCGAUUGGACUGGAAAGAAAACCUCCAUAGGCCUACGGUUUUCCUUUUUCUUUUUUCCUUUUUUUGGUGAUAAUAAAAUAUGGGUUAAGUUAUAAAUUCGAAUCCAUAAAUUGUAAUUAUGUUAUGGUGGCUUCGCGGGAAUCAUUAUUCAUCUGCUGCAGGUGCUAGUUUAAAUUGAUGUAUUUUCGUGCAGUUCAUUAUAGUAAAAAUCCUUACCAAGUCAGAUCCCCUUUAGCAUGGUUGAAAUCUGCGGGGGAUAUUUGGUAA